AUGACUAGCUACGCGCCUAGCCCUGGCUUGUACCUGGCCACCAAUCCAAUGGACACUACUGUCGCGGUCGUGUCGCUCCUGUUUCUUCAGCUCCUAGUGACAGCACUGGCCGCUCCGAUCGCCCUGCCUGGUUGUCCGGAGACCUGCGGCGACAUCACCGUUCCCUAUCCAUUCGGCACCCGCGAUGGCUGCUUCCGGCAGGGCUUCGACCUCAUCUGCGACGAGACGCGCCAUCCGCCAAAGCUGUCCCUGGGCGGUGACCAUGGCGCGGAGGUGGUCGGCAUCUCGUUGCCGGACGGCACAGUGCGGAUCCGCACCAGGAUUCUCGACACGAGCUCCCUCCAGCAGCUGAACGGCACGUGGUCCGCCGGCCUGCGGCCCGGCGGGCCCCUGGCGCUGUCGGCCAGGCACAACCGCUUCGUCGCCAUGGGAUGCAACCUCCUCGCCAACCUCGUGGCGCACGACACGUUAUACUCCGCCAGCGACCGCAUCGGCGUCUGCGCGGCGCUCUGCGUGUCCCUCUCCGCGCUGCCGCCGCCGAGGGACGCCUCCUCCGCCUCCUGCUCCGGCGUCGGCUGCUGCCAGACGCCCGUCGCGCGGGGCCUCUCGUCCUACACCAUCCAGCUCAACGACCUAGCCCAGCGACCUGCGGCUGCCGCUGCCUCCCCACUACUAGUGCACGCGGUAGCGUUCAUCGCUGACCAGAGGUGGUUCAGGGGCCAGCAGGACGCGCUGAAGAAGAACUUCCUCGACGAUCCGCGGAAGCUGGUCGAUUCGACGGUGGUUCCAACGGUGUUGGAAUGGUCGCUCCACGUGGACGCCGACCAGGAUAUGUUCCUGUAUGAUCCCGGUGUCUCCCAGUGGAAAAGAUGCAUCAGCGUGAACAGCGUCGUUGUCGAUGCCGUCAAUGGAAAUGCUUUCGACAGAACACGGUGCAACUGCUCAAGAGGAUACGAGGGGAACCCCUACAUCGCCGAUGGAUGCCAAGAUAUCAACGAGUGCCUCCGACCAAAAGUUUAUCCCUGCAAUGGUACCUGUAUCAAUAUGCAAGGGACAUACGGAUGCUCAGCAAAGAAAAACAUCAUUAACUUAGCAGGUCCAUUUACCUUAACAACAAUUGUUGUUGGUUUUGGCCUACUGUUUUCACUCCUAGGUGUUGCCCAAGUCACGAAAAAACUCAAGAAACGAAGAGCCAAGAAAUUUAGACAGAAGUUCUUUAGGAAAAACCAUGGAUUGCUUCUGCAACAGUUGAUCUCUUCAAACAAAGAUAUAGCCGAAAAGAUGAAGAUUUUCAGCUUACAAGAGCUAGAGCAAGCAACCAACAAAUUUGACCACAAUCGGAUCCUUGGUGGCGGUGGGCAUGGCACGGUGUAUAAAGGCAUCUUAUCUAAUCAACGUGUCGUGGCCAUCAAGAAGGCCAAAAAUGUCAUGCAGAGGGAAAUUGAUGAGUUUAUAAAUGAGGUUGUCAUACUUUCACAAACAAACCAUAGGAAUGUGGUGAAGCUCUUUGGUUGCUGCCUCGAGACAGAAGUUCCUCUGCUAGUUUAUGAGUUCAUAUCAAAUGGAACUCUCUCGUCUUAUCUCCAUGGCCAACUUGAGAACCAUUUGUCAUGGAAAGAUCGAUUGAGGAUUGCACUGGAAACUGCCAAGGCUAUUGCAUAUCUACACUCAGCUGCUUCCAUAUCAGUAUACCACAGAGAUAUCAAAUGUGCCAAUAUACUACUUACUGAUACUUUAACAGCAAAAGUAUCAGACUUUGGAGCUUCGAGGUCAAUUACAAUAGACGAAACAGGAAUACUUACAGUCGUCCAAGGAACCUAUGGUUACCUUGAUCCCGAAUACUACUACACUAGUCGACUGACGGAGAAGAGUGAUGUUUACAGCUUUGGUGUCAUCCUAGCAGAGCUACUAACGGGGGUUACACCAGUUUUUUCUUCUCAUUCAUCGGAAGCCACAAGCCUAGCAUCACACUUUGUAUCACUAAUGAGAGACAAUCGUCUAUUAGCUAUUCUAGAUACACAAAUUGUUCUUGAAGGAGGAGUUGAAGAUGUUGAGGUGGUUGCAAGACUUGCACAUGCAUGCUUAAGCUUAAAAGGGGAAGAAAGACCAACAAUGAGGCAAGUUGAGACAAUACUUGAAGAUGUGCAGAGCUCAAAUAUCCAUCACAAUUCUCAGACAAUAAGAGUGAGCCAGAGUCCUCUAAAAGACCAGCCAUGGAAGGGGGGAAAUGGUGGGGAAGGAACUAGAGUAUAUAGCUUGGAAAAGGAGUUCAUCCAUUCAUUGGAAAUUCCAAGAUGA